UUUGCCCGAAUCCAUCUGCCCAGUCCCUGGGCAAACAGAACUGCGACUUCAGCAGCAUCUGCCCAGAUUGCAAACUUGUUCAACUCUCCCACUUUUUCUUCCUAUGAGAGCUCUCUGGCACAGAGCGGGGACAGCUCUUGAUGGAGUGAGGGAAAGUAGAGGGGAAGCAGCAGAGCGCAACAAGAGUCGAAAGGAGCAGGCGAAGAGGUCUAGAGCUGAGACCGGCAGAUAAAAGGACCACUCAGUAGCGAGAGACUGUAGGCGAAAGUAAAGCGCGUGGACCGAAAGAGAGCAGAAGGGGCGCGCGGAGGCUGAGCAUCCAGGCAGCUAGACCCCAGAUCAGAAAAGACCAGCUGGGCGGAGGGGCCCGCUGGCGCCAGGGACAGCACGCGCUCAGUCGGAGGGCGCAUCGCUCCGCCGUGCAGACAGCCGCCCGCGAUGAGUGAGACCAGCCGGCUGUGCUCCGGCUACUACAGCCUCAACCAUACCUUCGUGGAGUCCUUCCAGUGCCCUCGGCGCGGCGAGGGGGCCGCGCUUCUCUACUGCUGCGGCUUCGCGGACCUCAAGUACUGCUGCAGUGAGCCGGGCAGCUACUUCCCCUACAAGCACAGCUACAUGUGGAGCCUCAGCAUUGGUGCUCUGAUUGGAUUGGGGAUUGCUGCCCUUGUUUUACUUGCCUUUGUCGUCAGCGUCUGUGUCCUUUGCUAUUUAUUUCUGUAUACAAAACCUCAAAGAUUAGACACUGGCCUUAAACUUCAUCACCUAGAGGCUUCUUCCGCUCAAGAAGGCAACCUAAAUAGAAAAACCAAAGCCCUCAAUUCAAAUGCAGCAUCAAAUUCUACAAAUGAAACAUUCUAUGAAGCUGAAGAUAAAAUUCAAGAAAAAGAAGUGGAUACAAUACAAAUUAAUAUUGCUUAUUAAAUAAAAAUCCUGUUUUCAAAGCUCACUGGAGAGCAAUAAAAAUGAAUUUUAAACAAUA